AUGUUCCAGCCCAGAAAGCAGGAGCCACUGUGUCUGAAAAGAGGGGUCAUUGAACCAAUUAAACACACGUGUGAAGCCUCAAUGAUCCCCGACACAUGGAACUAUAAAGGACAGAGAGUGAAAGACGUCCGCUUCGAUGCAAAAGAGCCUGACAAUGACUGUGUUGUGAGCCACAUAAUCAGAUUGAGAGGAAAACUGGGCUGGUCCACUGAGAUUCCUGACAGGAGAAUAGCAAAAGCAUGCACACAGAACAUACAGGAAAUCCCCGAGGGGACUAAAAAGGAUCCUGGAGAGUAUGUGUACUGUCUGAUGAGGAACAGAGGUGACCUCAAGAUCCAGCCCAACCCCUAUGAUCUUCAGGUGGUUUCUGUCCAGACAGCUAAACAGAGCUGUCAGUACUGGACCGUCAGCGCUUCAUGCAUAUUCAAGGUGUCUGUUUUGGAGGACAGAAGUGGUGAAAUCAUGUCUGUAAUAGACUGGCUUUCUGAAAGAGAACUGUUUUUCAAAAUCUUCAAGUUGCCAUUGUUUGCAAAAUUCAGAAUUUGGAAGGCAUUUACAAUCUGGAAGGUCACAGUAUGCCACUCAAAGACCAAAAAAGCUAAGGAAAUAUUAUCCAAAGGUCUUUUUUUUACUGAUGACAUCUUCUUGAGAUGUCUGGUUGAAAUCAAAGGACUUUUUGAGAUGGCCAGUGACAAGACAAGAUAUGGGGAUUCUGACGGUGCCAUUGUUUUAACAAAGUUGGAUAAAUCCACCACAUACUCCUUGAUAGGCUUCUGUGAGGCCCAGACCCAACAAUGUGCUGUAGCACUGAGACAACUUCACUGCCUUCACCACAAAGUUGCCACUUUGAUUCGCGCAGCUUGUCUGAAGGCAGCAGAGGUCCACGGUGCAGAGAGACUGUUCCUCCCCCUGUCCUCUCAGUCGACCAACAGGCCGCUAUAUGCUGAGGUGGCUGAGUGGCGGAUCCUCUUGUGUCGCUUCAGCCACUUCCUCAACCUGAUAGACAGAAUGUUUGAAGAGAUGCUCUGUGUCUUGAUCAGAUCUGCAGUUCAACUCCUUCUGUUGUUCCUCCGAGAGUCCUCUAACACUAAUGGAGUGAAAGAGAGAAGACAAAAGACAAAAAAAAUGGCAAGGAUGGAUGCAAGUGGACCUUACAUAAAUAUUAUCAAAGAGCCAACUGGUCGUAAUGCGGCGCAUAGACUUUCUUCACACAGCCAAGGCCAACCACAGCUUGUUAACAAGAUGCUACCAGAUUUUAAAAGGGAAGAGCCUAAAGAAGAGAUCCAGGCUGUAUUUGAAGUGAACGUCCUGCUUACAGUCACACCUGUGAACCAGCCAAUGACAGAUGAUGUCUCAGCCAAAGGGACAGCCACAACAGAGCUCCACUCUGAAGUCGACACAAAAGAUACAGAGAAGGAUAAAGAGGUUUCCCGUGAGGAGACUCCAUGGCGUUCGCCCAGCAAACGAGUGAAGCUAACCAUCUAUCCCUGUCUUGAUGACUUCACACUGCACAUUCAACAGGUGCUACAAGGAUUUGAACAAGUCAUUGCCAAACAGACAUCCUUCAACCAAGACCCUAACCUCCUGGACUUGCACUCGCCCCCUGUGUUUGACCUGAAACUGUCUGUUGACGAGGAGCUGGAGAAGGAAAGAGACCAACAUCUCCGAACAUGGCCUGAGCUGGAGCUGUUACUGGGGACAGAUCCCGCUUUCCAGUCUGAUCUGUCGGACAUCCUCAGUAUCGUCCAGCGAGGGAUGCAGGGAGUGGAGAAGCACUGUCAGAGGCUAGAGAAGUUCUGUGAUAUGGUGGAGACAGCCAUGUUGACUGACAUGGAUGGGUUCUUGGCCGGGGAGAAAUGGUCUCCCCAGGAUAUCAAGGCCAUCUUGGCGGUGCACACAGAGAGCAUCAGGCUGAUGAAAAGGAUAGAGACUGAGACCCGUGUCAACAUGAUCCUGGUCAGGUGUCACCAGUACCAGUCAAACUGCCUGCCCUACCCAGAGGCUCUCAUCUUUACCAUUCACUCCAUGCUCCCCUCCAUUGUAAAGAAGAAGAAUCUGGAACUGAUGGAGGUGAUCAGAGGAGCUCUUAAAAAGCUGGAUAAAGACAUUUUUACAGUGGAAGAGUUUGUUGAGCAUCUGACCUUCCUGAGUCGGAUAUCUGUGCAGAUUCCAACUCUGGAAAGACAGUAUCAGUUCCUCAUCCAGCUCUAUAGUAUGGCUAAAGAGUACCAGAUCACUAUCUCUCCUGAGGAGCUGGCUUUGUACCAGCACCUCGUCCCCAGCUUUCAGCAUCUCAAAUCCACUGUCAUGAUCUGUGAAACCAAGAGGGAUGACAACAUCUUCAAGUUCAGCGUUGAUCUGGGCAAACACUUAAAUCAACUCAGAUAUGAGCUUGUUCUGGUUAAAAUGAAGGUGAACAAUCCCAUCCUGCUUUGCUCCUAUACGUCUCCCAAAGUGGCCAAUGAGAUCCUCCAGGCUCUCUCGGAGGAGGUGGCCAUCUACUCCAAUAAGGCAUACAGCUACACUAGCUACGGAGAGCUCCUGAGAAACUCUUUUUCUAUGAAGAAGAUCUCCACUGUGGUCCGCAUGAAGCAGGGCCGUGGUUCUAACGCUGCCGAAGUGGAGGCAGAGCUGUCUGAGGUGGACUAUGCCCUGACCCUGAGGAAGAUGCUCUGGGGGAUGCAGAAGGAAUGGGAUAAACAGUACAGCCGUUGGAGAACCACCACCUUCCAGCUGCUCAAUGUGGACGAUCUGCAAAAUGAUGUCAGCCGCUUUACACAGACCAUCUACAUGUUAGAGAAAGGUUUACCUGAAAACAACAUAGUUCCCAUUCUGAAGCAGAAGGUGAUGGACUUCAAGCUUUGUCUGCCCAUCGUCCUGGCUCUCAGGAACCCUUAUCUCCGUCAGAGACACUGGGAAGACAUCCAGAGCUAUAUCGGACAAUUCUUCACCAAAGAGGAUAACUUCACCCUUGGAAACCUAUUAGACAUAAAGAUUCUUCAGCAAAGUGGUUCGAUAGGGGACAUCUCCACUACUGCCACCAAUGAGGCCACUUUAGAGAGCAUCCUGUACAAAGUGAUCGACCUGUGGAGGAACACAGACUUCCGUCUGAUCACCCAUCAGUCUGACGCAUCCACGGUGAAAAUCAUCGCCUCGGCAGACGACGUCAUGUCACAGCUGGAAGAGAGUCAGACCACUAUCAUGAGCAUCAAGGCAUCCCGCUACGCUGAGCCUAUCAAGUAUCUGAUAGAUGAAUGGGAGAGGAAGCUGAACCAGUUCUCGCAUACUCUGGAGGAGUGGGUCAUGUGUCAGAAGAGAUGGCUCUACCUGGAGCCUAUCUUCUCUGCUGGAGGGAUUCAGAGGCAGCUCCCAGCGGAGGCCAAGGUGUUCCUGCAGGUGGAUCAAUCAUGGAAGGAGAUCAUGAGGAGGACAGAUGACAGGCCUAAUGCCCUGAGAGCAGCUACCGCCCCUGGGGUCCUGGAGAUGCUGCAGGCUGGCAACGUCCACCUGGAAAAAAUACAGAAGUGUCUGGAGGAUUAUUUUGAAUCCAAAAGAUCAGUUUUCGCAAGAUUCUACUUCCUCAGCAAUGAGGAACUGCUGGAUGUUCUGUCACAGAGCAAAAAUCCCAACGCCAUUCAGCCUCAUCUUGUAAAAUGCUUCAGCAACAUCCGUCACCUGAACAUCCAGGAACAGGCUAGGAUUCACCAUGUGGUGGCAAGCAUACAUUCAGCCGAGGGUGAAACUGUGACCAUGCCAAAAAAUGUUCAUAUACGUGGGCCAGUGGAGCAAUGGAUGGGAAAUGUGGAAACAGCAAUGUACAACACAGUGAAAAGGCGCUUGAAGAUAGGAGUGUCAGAAUGGAAUCCUCAGAACUUUAAGAAAUGGGUUCUCUCUCACCCCGGACAGGUCGUUCUCACCGUGACCCAGAUCAUGUUCACUAAGGACUGCCAGGAAAGCUUCAGCAGUGAGAGGCAGCUGGAGAGCAUGGUGGUGGUGAAGAAGCAGGUGAUCCACAAUGUGGAGGAGCUGGCUGACCUUGUGUCCGAGCCCCUGCCCUGUCACCAGCAGGCCACCCUAGAGGCCCUGCUCACAAUCCUGGUUCACUGUAGAGACAUCCUCAGCCAUCUCCUCCAGAACCGCAUCACCAGUGUCGACGACUUCGAGUGGACAAGGCAGCUUCAAUAUGUCUGGUAUGACAGCACCUCUCUGUGUUACGUGGUCCAUGCCCAGGCUUCCUUCAUGUAUGGCUACGAGUACCUGGGCUGUUCUCCUCGACUGGUCAUCACGCCGCUCACUGACCGAUGCUGGCUGACCCUCACCGGGGCCUUGAGCCUCCAUCUGGGGGGCGCGCCCGCCGGACCCUCUGGAACAGGCAAGACAGAGACGGUCAAGGACCUGGCCAAGGCGCUUGGAAAGUUCUGUUUAGUACUGAACUGCUCUGACAGUCUAGACUAUAAGAUGAUGGGGAAGCUGUUCUCUGGCAUGGUGCAGUCUGGUUCCUGGUGUUGUUUUGAUGAGUUUAACCGUAUCAACGUAGAGGUGUUGUCAGUCAUCGCUGCUCAGCUUCAGUCCAUUAAGGCUGCCAUGCAUAGUCACAGUUUACGGUUUAUGUUCGAGGGAAGAGAUAUCCGACUGAACGCCUCAUGUGGAUUCUUCAUCACCAUGAAUCCAGGUUGCAAAGGUCGAGUGGAUCUCCCUGACAACCUAAAGUCUCUGUUCCGGCCUGUCUCUAUGAUGGUACCUGACUUUGACCUGAUUGCUGAGAUCAUGUUGUUCUCUGAGGGCUUCAAAUCAGCCAAAUCACUGUCCAGGAAGAUCGUCAACCUCUACCAGCUCGCCAGCAAGCAGCUGUCUCAGCAGGACCAUUAUGAUUUUGGAAUGAGAGCCAUAAAGUCAGUGCUAGUUCUCGCUGGUCAGAAGAGAAGAUUCGCAGCGCUGUCGUGUGGCCUGACACCAGAGGACGAAUGCUGCGUUCUGAUCUGUGCUUUACAAAACUCUAACUUACCCAAGCUGGUUCCUGAGGACGUUCCUCUGUUUAAAAGCAUCAUGGAGGAUCUCUUCCCUGGCGUCGUCAAUCCCAAAACUAUCCAUCCUCAACUAGAGAUCGCCAUAGCUAAGGCUACAGAGAUUCUUGGAUUUCAACAAUGGCCAAAUCAAGCAGAGAAGGUUACACAGCUGUAUAGCCAGAUUUUGGCUCGAGGAGGGGUGAUGUUGAUUGGUCCUACCGGAGGAGGGAAGACAACAGUGAGACUCAUCCUGCAGCAUGCUCUACACCUGCUGCCCUCUCUGUCUGAAGUCCACAGGAGGACCAACGUCUUUAUGGAGUUGGCACCGAGUUCAGAGGUCCACGUGGAAAGCUUCACCAUCAACCCCAAGUGUGUGAGCUUUGGAGAGUUGUACGGUCAGGUAGACCCCAACACUCUGGAGUGGUCAGACGGCCUGUUCGCUUCUGCAGUCAGAACCUACGCUAAAGAACUCUUCGAACAAGACAACAAGACUUCCAAAGACAGCGAGAGCAGGAACACCUCUUCAGAUGUUUUGAGUGACUCCACUACACCCUUACCUCCCAGCAGUUAUCAACAUAACUUCAUGGUUGACAACUGGCGUUGGAUCAUAAUGGAUGGCCCAGUGGAUAUCCUGUGGGUCGAGAACCUGAACACUGUGUUGGACGACAACAAGACGCUGUGCCUGGUGAACGGAGAGAGGAUCAGCCUGCCAGAUGGCAUUAGGUUCCUGUUUGAAGUGGAUACUCUCAGCCAGGCCACCCCCGCUACCAUCAGCCGCUGUGCCAUGGUCUACAUGGAUCCAGUUGACCUGGGCUGGAAGCCGUACGUGAGGCGCUGGCUGUCCCAGCUGCCCAGACAGCUGAGCAGAGAGGGAAGAAACCACAUCCAGCAGCUCUUUGACAACAGCAUCACCCAGGGGCUGAACUUUGUCAAGAAGCACCAGAAGCUGCUCAACUUCCAGAUCCCGGAGAUGUCCAUAGUCAUGACCGUCUGCAGCAUCCUGGGGGCUCUCAUUAACUUCAUGCAGGGGAAUGGUGGCCUGGGACUAAAUCUUGAGACAUUGUCAGAGGAAGACAUUGGGAAGACCUCUGCAGACAAUGAGUCCACAGGAAAAGGGGAGGAUAACAAAUGGUUUCUACAGAAAAACCCAGAAAAACUCACGAUUCUUCUUGGGAAGCUGUUUGUCUUUUCAUACGCCUGGGCAGUGGGAGGAGUCCUAAACCAUGUCGAUGACUAUGAUGAGUCCCCAUCUGCUACUAAAGACAAAAGCUGUCACCUCGUCAAUGUUGCACACGCAUUCAAAAACCUGAUCCACAAGUUGUUUGAAGGCGCACCUUGCGGUGUGUCUUUACCGGCGGGGAAUCGUUUGAUCUUCAACUACUUUGUGGAUCUACAGACAGGUGCCUUCGUUCCCUGGGAUGAGUUGGUUCCUAGCACCGAGAGUCUUAUACGCAAAGGACUGAACACAUCCUCAGGUUCUGAAUCCUUGCAGUUGGGAGGAGCCCUGGGAGAGUCUAACACAACAGAUACCACCAGCUUUCUGAGAUCAGGCCCCAUCUGCAGCAAUGAUACUGUCCGCUACUCCUUUCUAAUGAGCCUACUGCUGCUCAACAAACAACCAGUACUUCUCACAGGGGAUUCUGGAGUUGGAAAAACCCUUCUCAUCCAAAGCAUUCUAAAGAAACUACAGAGAGACGGAGGAGAAAUGGUGAAUCAAGGGACUAUGCUGGGACAAGUGUUUCUACACAACCAAUCCAAGACAGCCAGCCUGCUGGAGGAUGUUAACCUGCUGACAGCUGUGUUUGGGGGAGAUGCAGAUAAGUCUACAGACGGUGAUUCAUUAAGUGGCUUGUUAAGCAGCAUGCCGUUUGGAGUGUUGCACAGGAUGCGUAGUCCCAGCCAUACCUCAGAAUCCUCAGGAAUCCUGACCUGUACCCUCCAGUGCACUGCUCAUACAACCACUGCCUACAUACAGGCACACAUGUUACAAAACCUCGUCAAGAAAGGCAAAAAUAACCUUGCUGCACCCAAAAAUAAGUCUGUCUUGGUGUUUGUAGAUGAUUUGAACAUGCCAACACUUGAUAGUUAUGGCGCCCAGCCUUCCAUGGAGUUUAUUCGCCAGUUCAUCGAGCUCCAGGGAGUAUUCGAUGCCAAGACUCUCACCUGGAAGGGCAUCCAGGAUGUGACUCUGUGUGCAGCCUGUGCCCCUCCGGGUGGGGGCCGUCAGAACCUCAGCCCCCGUCUGCUAAGACACUUCUCUGUCCUGCUGCUGCCACACCCCUCUAGCAACACAAUGCAACACAUCUUCCAGGUCCAACUCGGGAAGUUCUUUGGUAUCAGAGAUUUCUCCAAGGAGGUGCGUAAAUGCAGAGAGGCCUUGGUGUCUGCCUCCAUCACUGUCUACAAUGAGAUGUGUCAACGUAUGAUGCCCACUCCAGCCAAGUACCACUACACAUUUAACCUCAGAGACCUGUCCAAGGUGGUCCAGGGCCUGAUGCAGGCCAGCGACUCUGAGCUGAACUCAGAGGAGGCUGCAGCCUACCUGUUUUCCCACGAGACCUCCAGAGUGUUCCACGACCGCCUGGUCAACGAGCAGGACAGAGAACUGUUCUUUCAGAUACUGUCCAACGAGCUGCACAGUUACUUCAAGGUGUCCUGGCCACCAGAGGAGCUGAUGAGAGAACCCAUAGCAUUCGGAGACUUCCUGGAUAUGAGCAUCCCAACUGCUUCUAGGAUCUAUAAGCACCUGCCAGAGUUGAAGAAGAUCCAGGCUGUACUGGAGGAGUGUCACGCUAGUCAUGGAAGGAAAGCCUCUCAGUUCCCCAUGGUGUUUUUCAGGGAGGCAGUGGAACACAUCACUAGAGCCGCCCGGGUCUUCAGAUUGAAGGGAGCACACAUGAUGCUGAUUGGACUGGAUGGCACAGGGAAGGAGGAGUGUGUGACUCUGGCCUGUCAUGUGUCUGGAAGCCAUCUCUACAGGCUGUCUGUCUGCCGGAACUGCAGCUACUCAGACUUCAGAGAUGACCUCAAGAGGGUGUUCAGACAGGCCGGGAUCCAACGUAAAAACACUGUGCUGCUCAUCACUGACUCAGACAUUGUCAAGGAGUCUGUCCUUGAGGAUCUGAACUGCAUUCUGAAAUAUGGUGAUGUCCCUGGCCUGUUUGACAACGAUGAGAUUGAUUCAAUCACUGUGGAUCUCAAGUCAACCAUGGAGAGCUCUAUCGGUGAAAAUAGAGAGGAGAUGUACUCUUAUUUCAUAGAGCAAGUUCAUCAGAGACUACACAUCGUCCUGGCCCUGAGCCCUGCUGGAAUGCGUCUGAGACAGUACUGUUGGGCCCACCCGGCCCUGCUCUCCUGUUGUAACAUAGACUGGUACAGUGAGUGGUCUAAAGAUGCUCUGCUGCAGGUAGCCAACAGCACCUACAUCAACUCUGACCACUUUGACUGGCUCGGACAGGUCCUGCAGAACAAGGUAGCCAGAGUGUGUGUGGAUAUCCACCAGAGCUCAACCCAGAUGGCUGCUCAGUAUCUGCAGGAGAUGAGAAGGCCCUACUACAUAGUCCCCAGCACUUUCAUCGAGUACAUAGACACCUUCACCAAGAUGUGUCGUUCAGAGGGGUCUAAGCUCCAUAAUGUCAGAGAUCGUUUUAGUAACGGACUCUCUAUAUUAUCUGAGGCAACAUCUCUAGUCACUGUGAUGCAAGAUGAACUUCUAGCUCUAGGCCCACAGAUAGAGGAGAAGUCAAAGGAAAUAGAGAUAUUGAUGGGUAAACUGAAAGAGGAUUCUCAAGCUGUGGAACAAGUCCGAGCCAUCGUCAAAAUCGAAGAAGACAUGAUGGUGCAAGAAACACGGAUCGUUCAUGAAUAUGCAGAGGAUGCCACGGCAGAUUUGAAUAAAGUUUUGCCUCUGCUGGAGAAAGCAGUUUCAGCUUUAGAUGCUCUGCAAAAGAGCGACAUUUCAGAAAUAAGAGUAUACACCAAGCCUCCAGAACUGGUCCUGACAGUGAUGCAUGCAGUCUGCAUCCUGCUACAGCAGAGGCCUGACUGGACUACAGCUAAACAGCUGCUAGGAGACCCUGGCUUCCUCAAGAGACUGGUCAGCCUGGACAAAGACAGCCUGCCAGAGAAGGUGUUUCUGAAGUUGAGGAGGUAUUCUAAGUGUCCUGACUUUAACCCUGCCAAGGUGGGCAUGGUGUCUAUAGCCUGUCGUUCUAUGUGCCUCUGGGUGCUGGCUUUGGAGCACUACCAUGAAGUCUACAAGAUAAUUGAGCCCAAACGGAACAAAGUCAACGUGGCCCAAGCAGCAUUGGUGAAAUCAGAAUCUAAUCUGAUGAAAAAGCAGAAAAGACUAUCGAAGAUCGAGGAUCAUCAGAAAGCUUUGGAGGACCGCUACGAUGCCAGUGUGUCUGAGAGACAGGAGCUGGGGAGACGUAAAGAGAGGACCACGAACAGAGUGCAGAGAGCUGCUUCACUCAUAUCAGCCCUGUCUAAUGAAAAGGAUCGCUGGGUGAAGGCAGUGUGUGACCUGGACAACAAGCUGCAGCACAUAGUGGGUGACGUCAUGGUUUCCUCAGCGUUCAUCACGUACUGUGGACCUCUGACGGCCGACUACCGUAAAGCCAUGGUGAAGAAGUGGCUGGACUUCUGCCACAACAUGGAGAUCCCUGUCUCUCCUCAGUACACCUUCACCUCAGCCAUGACCGAGAAGAACCAGGUGAGACACUGGCAGAACACAGGCCUGCCACCAGAUCAGAACUCCACAGAGAAUGCUUUGAUCGUGAAGAACGGUCCCCACUGGCCACUGCUGAUCGACCCCCAGGGCCAGGCCACCAGGUGGAUAAGCUCUAUGGAGGGGGUCAGGCUCAGGAAGAUGCUGGCCUCAGACCCCAACUAUAUGAAGACAGUGGAGAGGGCCAUUCGCAUGGGGGACGCUGUCCUUAUUCAGGAUGUUCUUGAGAACAUAGAUCCCUGUCUUCAGCCAAUCCUGAUCAAGAACCUUACAAUACGUGACGGUCAAUCAUUCAUCAAAAUUGGAGACACUGAAAUUGAGUACAAUCUCAACUUUAGGCUCUACCUGGCCACCUGUCUGCCCAACCCCCACUUCCUCCCGGCAGUGUGUGUCCUGGUGAAGCUGAUCAACUUCUCGGUAGAGUACGAGUGUCUGCAGGAGCAGCUGCUGUCCAGCGCGGUGUCUCUGUAUCAGCCAGAGCUAGAGCUGCACCACAACCAGCUCCUCCACACUAUUACUGCUGACCUGUUCAGCCUUCACGAGCUGGAGAACAGGUCCCUGCUGCUGCUGCAGGACACCCAGGGACACAUAUUGGACGACCAGGACCUCGUUGAUAACCUGAAAAAGUCCAAGGUCACCUCCAAUGAGAUCUCCGUGCGAGUUGAGACGGCUAAGGACAAGGAGAAGGAGAUCGACGAGGUCCGCAAGAAGUACCUCCCUAUCGCUAACCGUGGUGCAGACCUGUAUUUUGUCCUGGCCGACCUCACCCAGAUCAACUACAUGUACCAGUUCUCCCUGGACUGGUUCAAUGACAUGUAUGUGAAAGCUUUGCAGGUGGCUACGGAAGGCCAGGUGUGGCCCACCCUGGACGUGUCCAUGCCUGUGACGGGCACCCUGUGCCCGGCUGGAGCUAAAAGCCCGAGGAGGGCUGUGGUGGUGCCUGGAACAUGUGCUCCCAACAUGGGGGACUUUAACCUUCGUCUCCUCAAGAUGAUGAACACCAUCACUGAGAGUAUAUACAAGGAAGUGUCCCUGGCCCUGUUUGUGGACGACCAGGUGGUUUUCUCCUUCCUGAUGUGUUGUAACAUCAUGAAGACCAACAAGCACAACAUGAUAGUGGGCAGCACUGAGUUCCUGCCUGCUGAAGAGUGGAAGAUAUUCCUACACUCUGCUGUGCUGGCCAGCAUGAUGGACUCAAAGAGAGCCGAACAGGAGGAAGGGAAGCUCCUGGGCGAGCGUCCGGACCACCCGUGGCUGACAGACAGCAUGUGGGCACAGUGCCAGUACCUGUGUGCCCACCUGCCCUGCUUCGCCACCCUCUACAAGUCCAUCCAGACCAACCCUUUGCAGUGGGAACUGUUCCAGCAGGCUAGGAACCUCUAUGAGUUCCUCAGUGAGCCCUACACUGGACACGCUGGUUCUGGUACUGAAGGAGAGUCAUCCCAGUCAGCAGCAGCCUCGAAGCACAGGCAUCUCACCAAGUGUGUCCACAUCUUCCCCUGGGAGAGCCUCUCAGGCUUCCAGAAGAUCAUCUUGGUGAAGAUCCUGAGGCCUGAGUGUCUGAACACAGCAGUGAAAGCCUUUGUCAUAGAGAAGAUGGGUUCUAAGUACAUGGAGGUUGGAAAGAUCUCCCUGAGAGAGGUGUAUGAGCGUUGCUUUGCCAACGUGCCCAUCGUAUUCCUCCUCUCCCCUGGCAUGGACCCAGCUUCCCUCCUGGUGCGUCUGGCCCAGGAGCUGAGGGGUAGCAGCCUGCAUCUGGACAUGGUGUCUCUGGGUCAGGGCCAGGGCCCCAGGGCAGAGGAGCUCAUUUACAAGGCCCAGGUCCUCAAGGGCCGCUGGGUCUUCCUGCAGAACUGCCACCUGGCCGCCUCCUUCAUGCCCAGACUGCAGACUGUCGUCAACUCGUUGAAGUGGAAAGGCUCAGACCUGGACCCUCACUUCCGUCUGUGGCUGUCCUCUAAACCAGACCCAGUGUUCCCUGCCUCCAUCCUGCAGAGAGCCAUUAAGAUAGCUGUGGAGCCUCCUCGAGGUCUGAAGGAGAAGCUCCUCCACACCUUCAGUCCCAGUGGAGAGGUGACCGAGAGGAGCUUCUGUAAAAUGGACUGCAGCCCAGCCUGGAAGACUUUGCUCUUCAGCCUCUGCUUCUUCAACGCCAUCGUGCAGGAGAGAAAGAAGUACGGCCCUCUGGGGUGGAACAUACCCUACACCUUUACAUCUUCUGACCUGGAGGUGUCCAUGCUGAACCAGGAGAGUCUCCUGCGGGCUGCGGAAGGUUCUGAGCUGCCAUGGGCGGCCCUACGCUACCUGACGGGUGAGGUGAUCUACGGAGGGCGUGUCACUGACCCCUGGGACCGCCGCUGCCUGCUUACCAUUCUCCACCGCUGCUAUACCCCCUCGGUCCUGCAGGACGGACAAAGCUUCUGUCAGGCUCAGGGCUACCCUCCCUUCCCUAAAGACGCCAGCUGGCCCCAGUGUAGAGCCUACAUAGAGAACAUGCCCGACAAAGACCUGGCAGAGGUGUUUGGCAUCGACAGCAGUGCAGAGACGGUGGUACUGCAGAACCAGACCCAGCAGUUGCUGCACACUAUCGUCAAUCUGCAGCCCAGGCUCUCUGAUAGCAGCCUGCUGGUCAGAGACAGACAGUGCCAAGAUAGCGUAGUUCUAAGGAUGGCCAUGAACAUCCUGAAGAAACUACCAGAGACAGUGGAGGUUGAUCGUGUCACAGAGAAAACACUAUUCCUCAGAGACAUCAUCGCCAAAGUCAACUUUGCGGAAUCAUCUUCCUCUGACCAGGGUGAGCGAUGCACAGCCUCGGCCUCCUCUGCCCUGCUGGUGAUCCUGCGACAGGAGAUUGACCGGUUUAACAACCUCCUCUGUGUGGUGCGCUCCAGCCUCCUUUCCUUCUCUGCCUCCAUCAGAGGAGAGGUGCUGAUGAGUGAGGCUCUGGAGGAGGUCUACACUGCCCUGCUCACCAUGAUAGUACCAUCAGACUGGAAGCACUGCUCGUACGAGUCGUGCAUGGCUCUGGGUUCUUGGAUCCAGGACCUGGAACAGAGAGUGUGGUUCUUCAGAGCCUGGGCAGACAACAUCAAGAUCAACCUUAUAGAAAAGAUACCUAUUAUUAGUGGAGGAGUCUACUCUCUGAACCGUCCACCUAAGACUGACCUGCAGCAGAGCCUCAAGAACAGGAAGCCUCGCUCCUACUGGCUCUCUGGGUUCUUCUUUCCACAAGGUUUUCUGACAGCUGUUCUCCAGAACAGUGCUCGACAGAAGAACGUGCCUGUAGACUCCCUGUCUUUCACCUAUCGUGUUCAACCCGUGGAUGAGAGCUACAGCAACUGGAGCAAAGUGGCAGACAAAACUAAACUCCUUUUUGAGGGCCCAGCUCCACCAGAUGAGGGCGUGUUGGUGUAUGGGCUGUACCUUGACGGAGCCAGCUGACCUGUCUCCCACACCCUACAGGAGCUUCAGCACAACAUCAAACACUGCCCUGUGCCUGAGAUACACUUCCUACCCUGCCAGGUCUCGGAGGAUGCUGUGGCCGUGCCUACUACAGAGUCUCCUGGGGACCUCCAGUUCUAUGACUGUCCCCUGUACCGUACCUUCAAGCGGGCAGGCUUCCUCUCCUCCUCAGGCAUCUCUACCAACUUCAUCACAUCCGUCUCUCUACCCACCUUGGAGUGUCCUACUCACUGGGUCUUCAGGGGCACUGCCCUCCUCUGCCAACCUAAUGAAUGAACUAACUCAAUACUAACUGUUUACACUAAAGCUAUGAGUGAACUCAUUACCAAAUAAAGACUGUUUCAAAGUAAGGACUGUGAAACCUGAAAUACUUUUAAAAAUGUUUAUUUUCUCAUUUUCGAAACACUGAAAAUGUCUCAAGUAUCGUUUGAACAUAUUUUGUUGCCAUACCUACUUAGACACCAGGCCAACAUGACAAAUUCGCCCACUGGAAGACAUUAUUGAAAGAACAAGUACUCAGUUCCACAAAUAACAGAAAGCUAUUUCCUCAUUGACUGGGCGAACAGCGAUAAUCAGCAGUACUCAAGUAGUUCUCUGUGUUUCCUCAGGAGUUAUGCCCCUUGAUAUGUCUUCGUUUGUCACACUCUGACCAUGAUUUGCGUUGUUUGUUUCUAUGUUUUGUUUGGUCAGGGUGUGAUAUGAGUGGGCAUUCUGUUGUAUGUCUAGUUAGUCUAUUUCUAUGUGUUUUGGCCUGAUAUGGUUCUCAAUCAGUGGCAGGUGUUUCUGAUUGGGAACCAUAUUUAGGCAGCCUGUUUUGUAUUGUGGUUGGUGGGUUAUUGUCUGUGAUGUUGCAUGUUAGCACUCAGUUUCGAUAGCGGUUAUUUGUUAUUUUGUUUGUUUGUUUAGUGUACUUCGUGUUUUUUCGUCAUUCAUUAAAAGUAUGUAUUCACACCACGCUGCCCUUUGGUCUCCUCAAUACGACGAUCGUGACAUUGUUUUAUACCUUGCAGCAAAACAAAUGGUCCAUUCAAAUCUGAUCGUCUCCGGAAGUAUACAUUAACAUGGUCUUGGGUUUAUCGUUGAUUUCAGUAAUACUGUAGGUUUCUUUGGUCUUGUUCAGGCGUCAUGCACACUAGACAUGUACAGUAUCAGUGUAUUUUUAAUCCACAGUCGCUUGGAUUACAGAGAAAAUGUUCAUACACCGGAUAGGUGCAGUGAAAUGUGGUGUUUUACAGAGUCAGUCAUAGUAGUAUGAUAGGUGUUGUUUUACAGGGUCAGCCAUAGUAGUAUGAUAGGUGUUGUUUUACAGGGUCAGUCAUAGUAGUAUGAUAGGUGUUGUUUUACAGGGUCAGUCAUAGUAGUAUGAUAGGUGUUGUUUUACAGGGUCAGUCAUAGUAGUAUGAUAGGUGUUGUUUUACAGGGUCAGUCAUAGUAGUAUGAUAGGUGUUGUUUUACAGGGUCAGUCAUAGUACUAUGAUAGGUGUUGUUUUACAGGGUCAGCCAUAGUAGUAUGAUAGGUGUUGUUUUACAGGGUCAGUCAUAGUAGUAUGAUAGGUGUUGUUUUACAGGGUCAGUCAUAGUAGUAUGAUAGGUGUUGUUUUACAGGGUCAGUCAUAGUAGUAUGAUAGGUGUUGUUUUACAGGGUCAGUCAUAGUAGUAUGAUAGGUGUUGUUUUACAGGGUCAGCCAUAGUAGUAUGAUAGGUGUUGUUUUACAGGGUCAGCCAUAGUAGUAUGAUAGGUGUUGUUUUACAGGGUCAGCCAUAGCAGAGCACAAUACCUCCCAACAACACUUCUCCUCUCAGAGCAUCAUCUCCUCAGAACAGAA